GCAACAGAUUUUUUUGGUGGGGGUUUGUUUUACUUUUUUGUUGACUUGCCAAAGAGAGAACAACCGCUUUUUUUUUCCUGGUCUGAUCGCCGGAGAACUAUGUGGAUCAGGCAACACCUGGGUUGUUUUUUACUGCUGGCUCUUUGGGUGACAGACCCAAUGUCCUGCCUCAGCUCCAGACCCAGAUCCAGCUCCUGCCCCUCGAUCUGUCGCUGCACCUUGGACGAUCAUGUCAUCUGCCAAGAGAGGCAAGUGGACCAUGUGCCAAAGGACCUUCCGGGAGGCUGCAACAGGCUGACGUUACAAUUCACCAGCUUGAAAAUCAUUCCGAGGGGAGCUUUCGCUGGACUCAGCAAUUUAACAAGCAUUAUGGUGCUGCAGAAUGAUGCUUUGGAGAACAUUGAAGCAAACACCUUUGCCAAUCUUCCCCGACUGCACGAAAUAUUAAUUGAUAAAGCAAAGCUUCUUAUACACAUUGAUCCGGGGGCCUUCAGAAAUCUUCCACGCCUAAGAUACCUGUCCGUUGCAAACACCGGAAUAAGGUUUUUCCCCGAUGUCACAAAAAUACACUCUAAUGAUCUUUUCCUUCUGGAAUUUCAGGACAACAUAAAUAUGCAAAUCAUACCUUCUUAUGCAUUCCAAGGAUUAAGCACUGGAAAAUUAAAUAUAAAGCUGAUAAACAAUGGACUUAUAGAAGUACGAAGUCAUGCAUUCAACGGGACAGAUUUAAAUUAUCUCAAUCUUACAGGCAAUGAGAAUCUCCAACAAGUGCAUGAGGAUGUUUUCAUGGGAGCAAUGGGACCAACUGUUCUGGAUAUCUCCAGAACUGCUGUUACUGCACUACCACGCUAUGGCCUGAAGUAUAUUAAGAAGCUCAUAGCGCAAUCUACAAACAAUUUGAAAAUGUUACCGCCAUUAGAGAACUUUGUUGAACUAAGAGAGGCCAGCAUGACUUAUCCCAGCCACUGCUGUGCUUUUGAAAAGGCCAAGAAACAGGAAUUGCAAAAAUCUCCACUGUGUAACGUGCCCUACAACAAGGAUCAUGAUUUCACCGACGCAAGCUCCUCCACCGAAUCUGUGAACGGUUCCCAGCCUUCAAAUAGGUCUUUGCAGCAAAACGCGUACCUUUACAACGAGGCGUGGUUUGGAUUAAGCAAGGACGAACCCGUGUUUGACUACGGCCUCUGCUCGGAGACAGGAGAAGUGAUCUGCAGUCCAAGCCCAGAUGAAUUCAAUCCAUGCGAAGAUGUCCUGGGAAAAGACAUCCUAAGAAUCAUAACCUGGUUGAUGAACAUCCUUGCUAUCAUUGGCAAUGUCGUUGUCCUGGCUGUCUUAUUGACCAGUCGAUACAAACUCACGGUUCCACGGUUCCUCAUGUGCAAUCUUGCCUUUGCCGAUUUUUGCAUGGGCCUCUAUUUGCUGCUUAUCGCCUCCGUAGACAUCCGCACCAAAAGCCAGUACUACAACUACGCGAUCGACUGGCAGACCGGCGCAGGCUGUGCCUCGGCUGGCUUCUUUACCGUCUUCGCCAGCGAGCUCUCGGUCUACACGCUGACCGUGAUCACCCUCGAAAGGUGGCACACAAUCACGUACGCCAUGCAGCUGGACAGAAAGCUCCAGCUGAGGCACGCCGCCGUGAUCAUGUUCGGGGGCUGGCUGUUUUCUUUUGUCGUCGCGCUGUUGCCUCUCGCGGGCAUCAGCAACUACAAGAAGGUCAGCAUCUGCCUCCCGAUGGACAUAAAGUCUCCAGUCUCUCAGGCCUACAUUAUUUUCAUUUUGAUGCUGAACGUCAUUGCGUUUUUGAUCAUUUGUUUCUGCUACGUUAAGAUCUACUUGACGGUCAGAAACCCCAACUUUAUUUCCACCAAUAGCGACGCAAAAAUUGCCAAGCGUAUGGCCGUGCUAAUCUUCACGGAUUUCAUCUGCAUGUCGCCCAUCUCUUUCUUCUCCAUUUCCGCAGCCAUGAAAGUCCCCCUCAUCACGGUGUCCAGCUCGAAGAUUCUUCUGGUACUGUUCUACCCCAUUAACUCCUGCGCAAACCCCUUCCUGUACGCUUUCUUCACAAAGCCUUUUCGACGGGAUUUCUUCAUCCUUUUGAGCAGGUUUGGCUACUGCGAAAUGAAGGCGCAGCUUUACAGAACUGAAACCACGUCUUCAAUUCACAACUCGCACAUGAGAAACGGCGGGCAGGCUCCAAAGUCUAAUCAAGGCUCAGUCUGCACAGAGCUCCUUGUAGCUAACACCGCAAAACAGCCUGCGGUCUGCAACUCCUGUUCUCAGAAGCCCCACCAAACAUUUUCCGACGUCCGCGCGGGUAAUCCGUAGCACGAAUUAACGUAGCAUGAAGAUUUUCAGCGCCAAACGAAUCAUUUGCGGAGGGACUCUUGUUCCGUUUUGUUCAAAUGCCGAGAGUUUCUGAGUCGACUGUUCGAGAAGGCCAGGGCUCCGAGCUCCCAAGCUAGCAAGGACCAAGUGCUCAUUCAGUCCCCGCUAACCUGUGGCUCCACACACUGGAAAUGAAUCAGUGACUACACAGUUAAACCUGGUACUGUAACACGCUCCUGACUUAAAGGGCCCCAAAAAUCUUGUGAUUCUGAAGGACCCAGUUUGUGCAGCAAAUGCUUUAUGUGCUCUACAAUUUCUACAUUGAAGUUUGUUUCUCACUUUUCGAACCUUUCUUCAGAGUUUCCCAGUCUUAUUUUAAUGUAUAUAUGAAAAAAUAGUAUCACUGUUGUACUGUGGGCAUCUCGUAUUUGAUGGAGAGAUUUUACGCCUGAGUAUAAACUGCACCUUACAUUUUAUUGGAACGUGAUUGUGUAAAACAUAGUCUGUGCCAAGGACCCUAUAUUGAAACGGUCACCCACUUCCCUCGAUAGUGAUUUCUUAAUGUCGAACCUUCCAAAACAAUAACUUGCAUUUAUAUAGUGCUCACAGGAUGUCACGGCUUUGGAUCGCUUUGUGAUUUGUGACGAAACUGCUAAUGAUUUGUAUCCUUAGUCUGUAUUAGAUUAUCAUUUGUUUCGUUCCAAAGGGAUUUCCCAUCUUGGUAUGAUACAAUGCAAUUUACAUUUCACGUUGGGAGAAUGUCUCAAAGUGUUUCACAGUGCGAUGUAUAUGUCUCAGAGACAGGUAAUAUUGUAAGUUGAUUUGGUGUCAAAUUUUAUAUGAUGUAAAAAAAUUUUUUUUUAAAUCUAUACAGAAUAUGGUUCAGAAACAUUACCCAAAUACUGUACUCUUUCCUCUACUGAAAGGACAAGGGUUCUUUUUUGUAAUAAUCCAUGAAUGGAAUUUGCUUGCAUUACGAUGUUAAGCUUGUUUGUAUCUGUUGACUGGUUGACUUUGACUGGGGCAAUGGAUAUAGUGGUCAAAAUAAAGAAUUUUACUGACUUUGAGAUGAAUCCAUACAGCAAUGUCACACAAAAAAAUAAUUGUAGCUUC